AUGUCAGACGGUUCGGGUGAACACUUUGCACAUUUACCCAAAACUAAGAGAUCUCGUAGAAAGAAACAUCAAAAGAACUAUCAAGACAUGCAUAAAGACCAAAUGAUUCAACAGUUAGGAAGACGAUUCCACAACAAACCGUCGACUUCUUCGUGUUCUCCCACAAAUGUCGGAGAGAUUCCUCUUCCACCAGAAGCUCCUAACACAUUUGGAGCUCCUCCUCCGCUAACAGAAGAAGAUUAUCAAGUGAAUUAUAUGGAGGAUCCAGAAGUCGUUUCGUCUCAUUCCGCUGAGUUGAUACGUUCGUAUAGAGAAGUUGUGAAAGCAGACGAAGCUGAAUUGUAUAUGCUGAAUCGGUCUCGAACGACGACUGUGAGUGUUCUCUCAGAAUUUCGUACACGAGUACUGAAUAAUGUAAAAUCAAAACGUAAUCUCCAAACAAUUGUUCCUAAUAUCGACUACCCACUUCACUCAAUGACUUCAAGAAAAGCUAGAAUGAGAGGAGAUGGAAGUGAUAUGUCAUCAUCAGACGAAACGGGCUCAGAAUCAGAUUCAGAAUCCGAAGAAACCGAAUCUGGCUCUGAUUCAAAACCAGGACCAUCGACAGCAAACCUGACGAAAAGUGAGAAGCGUGACGAGCGAAAAAAAGAAUCACAAAAGAAGAAAAGCGAGGAAAAAGAGCGACAAAUGACGUUGUUGAGAAUGGGAGUCGAACGGAAGAGAAAUCAUCCGAACGGUGUCGAUCCGGAUAUUUCAUUCAACGAGAAAGGGCUAGGAAACGAUGGACCAGAGUGUCGAUGUCCCCCAGUAAUCAAGAAUCGUGGACUGAAACAUGGAUACUAUGCUGGUGAAAACAAAGUGUUGAAUUGCACGAGAACCUGUGGAUCGAAUCUUCAUUACUACACUCUCCAAGUGAAGCCGGGGCCAAACGAAGGACAAAUAUAUAAAACGGGAAUGACAAUUAAUGGAGAAACCUAUGAAUUCGAGGGGUUCUCGAUGAUUACACAUGCUCCGUUACCCGAAUGUAUGACUAGGCGACCGAUUUGUAAGUAUAGUUUGGAGUAUGAGUUCCAGUUGGUUGAGGAAAGAUUUCCAAUUGAGUGUUUCGACCCAGAAGACUGUAAUCAUCUAUUCGAUUACAUCUUUCAUGAGAUUUUCGAGAUGUUUGACUUCAACCUUCACCCAAAACACCUUCCACCUGGCAUCGUCUCUUGUCCAAUGAUUCAUAUAAUGCCUCGAUUCGUUGCAAUUAAAAACGGGGUUGCUCAUUUGUGGUCUACUAAAACACUCCUCGCGUAUUUCUUGAUCAACGGAGAUAAGGAGUUAUUCAAUUCACAAGAAAUCAUAGAUCACUGCGAAAUACCGGAUGAUGCAUUCAGUCGGGUUUCUAACAAAAUGAAGCAAUCAAUUCUCCUGAAUGCACUCAAAAAACCUUCAGCUCUGAGAGCGGAUUGGUUUGAAAGAGAUUCGGAACGACGAGAAGUGUAUAUUGUACAUAAUUCAAUUCGAUCUCAGAACUAUAGUACUCCAAUACUUGUGAAAAUUGCUCAACUUGAGAAAAGGCUGAAUAGAAUGAAGAAAGACAGAAAGUUCGCGGGAAAGAAUAAAGAGUAUGACGUUGUGAAACGAGAGUUGGACCAACUCAAAGAUGAACAUCGGAAUGCGCGGUAUCUGAGUAUACGGAAAUCAGUCGCAGGGUACAUUGACACUGGAUUCAAACCAGAUAUUAUUGCUCAUAUUGCUAUGGUUAUCAUCGCUUCGCAUCACAUUCGAUACAACUUCUCAUUAAGUGUUUUCGAAGAAAUAAUUGAAUAUCAGUUCAAUGAUCGGAAAGUUAUCGAGUUGGCACUGAUUCAUUCGUCAUUCAGAAGUCAUUAUGGAACACCUCCGGAUCAUAUUAAAAAUAUCAUUAGCAAUUGUGGAUAUAGACGAAAAUAUGGGAGUGAGGAGAAACGGGAAAAGAAGAAAGGAAUUGUGAGCCUAUUCAACAUCAUGGGCGGAGAAACAGAAGGAGGCGAGCCUAUUCUUCACAACGAACGCCUGGAAUAUCUCGGUGACGCAGUGGUGGAACUCAUUGUCUCUCAUCAUCUCUACUUCAUGCUUCCUCACCAUUUCGAAGGAGGCCUCGCCACGUAUCGAACUGCUUUGGUUCAGAACAGAAAUCUGGCGGAUCUUGCCAAAAACUGUCGAAUAGAUGAGAUGUUACAAUAUGCGCACGGAGCUGAUCUCAUUAAUGAAGCUGAAUGGAAACACGCGUUGGCUAAUGCAUUCGAAGCAGUAGUGGCUGCUGUAUAUCUGGAUGGAGGACUUGGAGCAUGUGAUCGAUUGUUCUCAAAAGCAAUGUAUGGAAGUGCUCCGAAUCUCAAAAAAGUGUGGGAUCAUAUUAAUGAGCACGAGUUGAAGAGAGAGGAUCCACUUGGUGAUCGAGAGCUGUCGAAUAUAACUCCAGCACUUGCAUCUUUUCAUAAAUUGGAGAACAUUCUCAAUAUCAAAUUCAACAACAUUCGAUUAUUGGCAAAGGCAUUCACUCGUCGCAAUGUUCCACACAAUGAUUUGACGAAAGGACACAACCAACGACUGGAAUGGUUAGGUGACUCGGUGCUUCAACUCGUUGUCUCCGACUAUCUAUUCCGUCGUUACCCAUUACAUCACGAAGGACAUAUGUCAUUGUUGAGAACAAGUUUAGUCAGUAAUCAGACUCAAUCAGUCGUUUGUGAUGAUCUUGGUUUCUUGGAAUUCGUUGUGAAACCGCCACAUAAAACACCUGAAUUGAAGAUGAAAGACAAGGCUGAUUUGGUGGAAGCAUUUAUUGGAGCUCUCUAUGUGGAUAGAGGAAUCGAGCAUUGUCGAUCCUUUAUUCGUAUCGUUUUCUGUCCGAGAUUGAAGCAUUUCAUCAACAGUGAGCAAUGGAAUGAUGCGAAAUCACAUCUUCAACAGUGGUGUCUUGCGAUACGUGAUGCGCAGAACCCGAAUCCAGCUAUGCCGGAUUAUAGAAUUCUUUCUAUAGAAGGACCAACCAAUAAUCGAAUAUUCAAAGUUGGAGUGUAUUUUAGAGGAAAACGACUCGCUUCUGCUGCCGAAUCGAACGUCCACAAAGCCGAACUGAAAGCGGCUGAAAUUGCAUUAGCUUCUCUCGAAUCUACUUCAGUCUCAAGAAUGAAAGAGAAGAAUAUGGGUGAUAAAGAUCAUCAUCGUCGACACCGAAUCAUCUCCGAUGAUUAA